UUGUUUUUAACUUUUCUACAAUCGUUAUGGCGCGACGACACAGACAUAUGAUAGCAUAUAGAAUAUUAUUCGUUAUAGCCAUACCAGCUAUGUAUUUUCUUUGCGUAAGUAUCGGUGGAUAUAAUUCGAAGGAUCCAACAUCGUUGACCGGUUAUAAAAAAACACAUCUACGAAGACUCUUGCAAACGGUUGAGGACGUUCAACAGGAAAUAAUAGAAGAGAAUUGUACAGCACCGGCCAUUGACGAAUUCCCAUCGGAUGGAUUUACCCGAGUACAACGACAAUCGGGUUUCAUAGCAAUUCAUUUCGCCAUAGCUAUUUAUCUCUUUUUACUUCUUGCUAUCGUAUGCGACGAUUUCUUCGUACCAUCGAUAAAGAAAAUAUGCGAAAAGAUGAAAUUGAGCGAGGACGUAGCAGGUGCAACUAUUAUGGCAGCGGCUAGCUCAAGUCCAGAAUUAUUCAUCAAUGUCGUUGGAACUUUCAUAACGGAAGGUGAUUUAGGUGUAGGCACGAUUGUUGGUUCCGCUGUGUUCAACAUACUUGCUGUACCAGCUUGUUGUGGAUUAUUUGCUAAACAGGCAUUACAACUGGAAUGGUGGCCCAUAACACGCGACACAUUGGCGUAUGCUUUCACUGUACUUUUAUUGAUCAUAACACUUCGAAAUGGUCGUAUCGAGUGGUACGAAGGCUUGAUUCUCAUUUCAUUUUAUAUCCUUUACAUUUCGGCAAUGUGUUUCGACGGAAGGAUCGGUGGAUUUCUCAAACGUGUCACGUCGAAGAGGAAACCAUACAAAAAUAUUUCUGAAAAUAGUCCUCUUCUUACUAACAUGCAUGCGAAAAGCGUCGACAUCGAAAGUUUCGGCACGAGCGAAGAGGAAGAAGCACGUAAGUGUUUGUAUUUAAAAAAAAAAAAUAGAAACAAAUUUCCUAACUCCAUCCUACCACGAGAACAAGACAAUUUAUUUGAUAUUAUAUUUACAGUUGAAAUCGUAAGUAUGACAAGUUGGCCGAGCUCGAAUGGUGAAAAAAUAUGGUGGCUAUUAACGUGGCCCAUCAAUCUGGCACUGCUCGUUACGAUUCCAGAUUGCAGGAGACCCAAAUUAAAAUCAUGGUAUCCUCUUACAUUCAUAAUGUGCAUUAUAUGGAUCGCUAGUACAUCUUACGUAGUAGGAUGGGUGAUUACGAUUAUUGGUGAUACAUUCAACAUUCCUGACUCGAUAAUGGGAUUGACUUUCCUCGCUGCUGGAAUGAGCGUGCCCGAAGCUGUGUCUAGCGUUAUAGUAACAAAUCAAGGUCUCGGAUCCAUGGGAAUAAGUAAUUCGAUAGGUUCGAACGUAUUCGACGUCUUACUUUGCUUAGGAUUACCAUGGUUCGUGAAGAGUGCCAUAAUGCCAACUAUACCCGGAGAACAUAGCGUUAAAAUUAAUUCACAAGGUCUCGUUUAUAGUUCUGUAUCAUUGUUCUCAACUUUAUUCGUCUUAUACGUCUCACUCGCGUGUAACAAAUUUAAAUUAAAUCGUGGUAUAGGUAUAACAUGUCUUAUAACAUACGCCAUAUUUUUAGUAUUCGCAUCGGUAAUAGAACUUAAUAUCUUUUUCGUCGUCAAUUUACCCAUAUGCAAACACUGACGAUAACUAUCGUGUGCGCGCGCGAUUAUUUCUUUCUUUCUUUCUUUCUUUCUGUCUCCCUUUCCGCGUGCACGCUUCUUAUGCAAAGGCAACGUAAUUUAAUGUACAUAUGUAUGUAUUAAAUACAAACGAUUCGAUGGUGCUAGU